AUGGCGCCCGACAAUCCAGUGGGUGACGGCGAUGCUGGUACCGUGACCGCCUCCACUGCUCCGGCAUCGUCGACUCCCGCUACCGGCUCCCAAUCUCCUCCUCCUUCUCUCCCGCCUCUUGCUGCUGCUACUUCUCCUCGUCCUGCUUCAGCAUCGCCCUCGGUUACGCCCCCGGCCUCCCAACCGCAUCCUGCCGCCUCUGUCGGCGAGCCGGCAACCGCUGCCUCUGCGACACCAACCCCGACGACUCUCGCUCCUCUCUCUCCUAACACGACUACCACAGCUACCGACGCUGCCGCCACCGAGACAGCUGAAACGAGCUUAAACACAAUACCACACGACACGCUUGCUUCAGCCGCUGAAGCUGCUCCUGGCGGCCAUCUCAACGGUGAAGGCGCGGAGCAGUCUCCCUCGACCGUGACCGACUCCCAAAUGUCCAACCAUCUCCUCCUCGGCCGCCCAGACGCUGCUCCCCCGGCCUCGCGUUCCUCCCCCUCGACAUAUACUGCUGCCUACCGCGCCGACGCCCAGCCACAGCUCCCGGCCGCGCCCUCGACGCCCUUACCCGCUCCUCCGCCCUCGACGAACCAUCCCACGACCCAAUUCGCCCCAUACUCGACGGUGUCAGCACCGCCAACCUCCCAGCCGCUCGAAGCCCAGCGAUCCGUCCAUAGCAAUGGCCCCAACGCCGUCACCCUGCCGAGCAUGCGCACCAUUGACGCCAUGGCCCAGCAGUCUCAGCAGCAGCCGCUGCCGCAGUCGAGCGCCCAGCCUCACACCCUCAACGGGCCGCUGCAGCCCGCGCCUACGUCCGGCCAGUCGUACUACGCGCAGGCGGCUGUGGGCGCCACCUCAGGCUACGGUUUUCACACAGAACUGUCUCGUUACCCUCUACCGCACGAUCCCCGUCUACCAGGAACAAGGGGCUCGAAGAAGGUUGGUUCCAUCGCCUGCUACCCGCCGCCUGCUCGCAGAAUGCGAUGGCAUUCCUGGCCCUCUACCCUCCCUUCUAGUUGGUACUCCAAGUGGAGUCUGAUGCCCUGGUCCGCUCGACGGUUCGACAUCGACACGCAGCAUCUCAAACUCGACAAGCCGCGUCAUGAUACAACCAUGCAUUGGGGAAUGCAGUUGUACGAGAAAAGGGAGCUUGAUCUGGGGUCGCGGAACAGCUGUGCUUGGAUGAGAAAGUCUGUCGCUGCUGGCGCCGGUCUCAGUGCUGUUCUUACUGCCGCUGCGUCGAAACGCGAAUGUCUCGGCUACGACCCCAUCUUUCGCCAGCAACCACCAGCUCAACCAGGGUCAACUCAGCUGGCCCCUUCGCCUACCGCUUCCGCAGCGCUCCCCUCGUCUAAUCCGCCUGGUCCUUCCGUCGGUAACGGACGCCACGUCAACGCGUACGCCGCACCGCCACAGCCGUCCGUGCAGCCGACGUCAUUCCCAUCCAGUUCUGUCCCUCCCACCACGACUGCAAGGCCAACCCCCAACGUCGCCUACCAUUCGACCUCAGCGACCGCUGGUCCCCCGGAAGUAUCCGCAGUGGCCGACCCUCGAUACGAUUAUUCCUCCACCGCUGCUGCUCCACGCUCAUACCAGUCUGCUGCUGCGUUUGAUCCCGCCCGACACGUUGACCACCCGGCAACCGGACCGUCGAAUCAUAGGUUACCAGAGCCAGCUCCGAAGAUGAAUGUUCACCAGAUCAUCGACUCGCUCGGGCCUGGCCCCGCCCGCCCUCCUCAAGUUCCCGCUAGUGAGGGGCUGUUUAGUGAAAUCACCAAGGUCUACCACGAGAUGUAUGCAAGUGGACUUGCAUCGUUCUUCGAGACUACUUUUUACUACUUCUCCGAGGCCGGGAUCAUGUCCUUUCCAAAGUACCCUCCGCUGCUGGAGCAGAUGGCUUCCUUUCUGAAGGUGCUUGAAGCUGUCCAGGCAAAUGACCAGACGCAAAUGGCCUACUCGGGUGUCCUUGAGACUAGAAUUGUCUGGGAUCUUGCCUGCACCGCCUUUCAAGCUCCAGAGCGCAGCAGCGCUGCUAUGCGUGUUACUUUGCCCGACCAAGGUGACGGCGCCGAGGCUCGAAGCCGUUUGCAGGUCGUGAACAGCCUACUGUGCGGCGAGUAUUUACAAGGCAACGCGCUAUCGCCACCAGUAGCCGACGCGAAUGAGCAAAGGACACGCCAGUUUGACUUUUGGUAUAACCUGGCUGACUUUGUCCGACACCGCGAUAACCCCGAGUCGACUCAAGCCCAGGAAGCGCGGGAAGAGAUCCUUGGCAGAAUGCGCCGUCUGCUCGAAGGACGCGAGAACCGUGACCUGCUCUACUCUAUUGCUGUAGUGCGUCACUUAUCCCCUAGCUUUGGACGCAACUACGACUCUUCUCUCCCACAGCAUUUCGAUGAGACGGACCCAAAGCACCGUCUGGCAGUGGCGUCCAAUUUCAUUAUGGAUGAAGCCCAGCUCAACGGGGGCACCACCAACGUCGUCAGACGCAUUAGCGACAUUGCGUGCCGGGCGUUUGUGAAUCCCGGUUUCAACAUUGCGACGAGAACCUGA